GUUGCUAAACGCGGUUCGGACGGACGGGCGGCCCGCGAACGCGAAUCUCUUUGUAUUUGAAUUCGUACCGGGCGCCGACGGUUGGCAACACCGAGCGAACGCGCGCGAUUUAUCGUAAAACAUUUUUCGCCGCCGGCCGCCACCCAAUAGCGAACGCCGAUCCGCGUCCGUCGGGUUUUUUCGCAUCGUUAAAUUGGUAUGGCGUUCAUUACAUACUUGCCGCGGCACUGAGCAGCACGUCGUCCGUCCGAGUCGCACGAAUCCACCGUUAACCGGUUAACCGCGAAUUGCGCCGUCAGGCCGUCUCCAGUGUACAGACCACCGACCACCGACGACAUCCGGAAACAGCGAAGUACGAUCGACAUAGAACACGUCGCGGAUACAUCGCUAGUCGCUACACAGACACACGGUUCAUAUUGCAAUAUAACGAUGGGCACGUAUCUGAGCAAACCGAUCACCGACAAGGAAUCCGAAGACACGUCCAACGGGUGGUUGUCUUGCGGUUCCAGUUCCAUGCAGGGCUGGCGCGAGUCCCAAGAGGAUGCGCACAACUGUUUGUUGGACUUUGACAAGAGGGUUGCCCUAUUUGCCGUGUAUGAUGGACAUGGUGGUGCUGAGGUUGCCCAGUAUGCAGCUGAAAAGUUGCCUUCCUUAGUUAAAAACACCUUGUAUGAUAACCAAGACUACGAAAAAGCCUUGAUAAAGGCUUUCAUGGACUUUGACGACAGUCUUAUUGAGACACCCGUUGUUGAACAGUUAACUGCUCUCCGAGAAGAUAUUAUUGAAGAAUGUGCUGAUGAAGAUGAUGAAAGAGAAGAACUCAGUGAACUUUAUGAAGAAGCUAAAAUGCCAAUUGAAGACAUAAUAAUGAAGUAUAAAAAUAAAAUACUUGAAAAUAUGGAUCAGAACAAAGAAAGUGCCAUUAGCAAAGAAAGUGAAGACGAACCUAGCUCUUCUAAAGAAUCUCCUAUUUCAAAACCUAAAUCUAUUGUUGAAUCAAAUGACGCCUGUGGUUCUAGUAGCAGCAGUAGUAGUAAAACAGUUACAGAUGACGAUAAAAAAAAUGUUGGUAAUGGAGUUGAUGAAUGUAAACCUGAAGAUCCGACAACCGAAAGUUCACCAAGUGCUAAAGUCAAUGGCACACCAAAUGAUGAUGAUGAGGAGAAUGGCAAAACUGAAGAACUUGUUGCUGAAAGUAGUGAAGCCGAAUGCGGCCCCAGCAGUAGUAAUGGACAAAAUGGGACAGAAAAUAAUUCUGGAACGGCAUCUUUAAUUCUUGAGGAUUCAGAAGACUCCACUGAUGAAGAAGGAGAAGAGUUUGGAAGCUCAAUGAAGUUAGAUGAUGAAUCGGAUGAUUCAGAUAGCGAUGAUGAUGAUGAUGAUGGUACACCAGCUAAUAGUUUUAUGUAUGGAGACGAGGAAGAUGAGGAUAAGCCAGGAAAAGAUAGUGGUUGUACAGCAGUAGUGGCUCUGUUAGUAAACAAUAAACUUUACGUCGCUAAUGCUGGAGAUUCGAGGUGCGUCGUUUCUGUUGAUGGUAAAGCUCAUGACAUGUCAAAAGAUCAUAAACCUGAAGAUGAACUAGAGUUACAGAGGAUUUGUAAAGCUGGUGGCAGGGUUUCAAGCGACGGACGAGUGAAUGGAGGCUUAAAUCUCUCUAGAGCUUUGGGUGAUCAUAAUUACAAAAAAAAUAAAGAUCUUCCAAAUACUGAACAGAUGAUAACAGCUCUUCCCGAUGUAACUGUUUUGGAUGUAACACCAGACAAUAACAAUUUCAUAGUGUUAGCUUGUGAUGGUAUUUGGAAUUCAUUAAGCAGCCAGGAAGUUGUUGAUUUUGUUUUGGAACGUAUCAACAAACCAGAUGUCAGUUUAUCAUCGAUUUGCGAAGAACUAUUUGAACUAUGUUUGGCACCCAAUACAUUAAGUGAUGGCACUGGCUGUGACAAUAUGACGUGUAUCAUUGUUAAGUUAAACACAAACCAAAAGCGUUCUCGUUCAGAUGAUGAAGAGGAUGAUUUAGAAUGUGGCGAGUCUAAAAAACAUAAAUCUGAUUCAACGGAACCUGAAUCUGUACAUUAAUGUUCCUUCUGGCAUCGAAGAUUUGGUUUGACGAGCUGUUUGUAUUUGUUUCUGAAUUUUACAGAUGCAUGCGACUGAUUUAUGGAUUAAUUUCUUUUCUUAAAUUUUAACGAGAAAAAAACAUUGUCUUAUAAUUUAUAUAAUAAUUUUGUAGUAGUGUAGCUUUAUUAUAUUUUUCAUAAUUAAAAUUUCAUAUGAUAAUAAGGUUAUUUUAUCAUUUUAAUAAUAUUGUACAUAGUUAAUUUUAAUAAUUUGACACGAGUAUUUUUUUAAUUACUUAUUAUUAAAUAUAUAUACAUUGUAUAUGUAUUUAUUAGUUAUAAUUUUUUGUUCGUAUUUAUUUAUUUUAAUAUUUCAAUUAGGUAUUAUAUAAUUAAUGGUUAUUCAUAAAAUAUGACAAUGAAUAACAAUAAUGUUAAAGUAUAUUAAUUAUUUUAUCUAAUUUGAAUUAAUAAUAUAAUACUCACUAAAAUAAACAAGUAUUUUUGUUAAAAGAGUACAGAGAUGUAGUCUUCAUUGGAAUUAAUUUAAGUAAAUCCAUUUUCAAGUAUAUAUGUAAUAUAUAUUUGUGUGUGUAAAGUAAUUAAUUUUAUAUCAUUUGCUUACUGCAAUGUGUUAACACAAAAACAUCACUAAAAUUGUUAUGGUGGUAAAAUUCCAAGCUGCUAAAUUAUAUCUACCUAUAUUAAUAAAACUUAAUACUAUUCAAUGAGAUGUAAAUAAGUUAAUAAUAGAUCUUAAGAAGACACUAAAACCGAAAAUA